AUGCUCAGCGGAUAAAAGCAGCCAACUUUCGAGAUCGCGUCGCCGUGCUCAACUUUAUGUCGGCGGCGGCGGCUCAGGAUCCUGGGCACAUCGACAUCUUUGCCACGAUAGGAACAACUGGGCUCGCUGAUUGCCGCCCUGGCUGCUGGCGAGCUCCACCCGGCUGCGUUGCGUGCAAAAGCACGCGCGAACUUACGGAGCAGUACCGUGAGCUGAUCACAAAGUCGCGGUACGCGUGGCACUUGCGUGGCGACACCCCGUCGUCCAACCGCCUCUACGACAUCUUGGCGGCGGGCGCAGUGCCGAUCGACGCAAGCGGCGGUGGCGGUGGCAUGCGUGCAUCGUUCCCGUUGGCCGACAUUGUCCCCUGGGACUCCAUCAUCUCGGUGUCGCCAAACAGUACCGCACUAACGGCGGACCCCGGGGGCGUGGGCAGGGCAUGGCUGAGCACGCUGGCGCCACAGUCGGCCGUCGCGCCAGCCGCCUUUGAAGCGAUCCUCGAGCGCCGCGGCGAUGUCUUGUGGGACCAGGCGCCUGCGCGCGUCGCGUGCAACGUGCUCGUCACUGCUGCGCAGCGGAUUGCGACGUGCGCAUCACACUCUCCGCAUCGGAACUCCCCGGUCUGCUCGAUGCACAAGAAGCGGAACCAAACGGCCUCGAGAAAUCUUGCCGCAGGCGUGGCCGCCAAGAGGCCAUAACGGGGGGGGCAGGGGCGACGCUCUUGUCGAUGGUGAGCUGUGUUAGGGGGAUAUGCAAAUUACGGGUGUGGGAAGAGAGAGAGCCGAGGAGCUAUGUUCCAAUUCGCUCUGACAUGUACGUACGC